AUGCAAAAGAAAAAAGAUUUUUAUUUUGACUUUAGAUUUAUUAAAGCUCUUUUCAAGUUAACUCCUUCUUUUUUUCUUAAAGGUAAUUGGUAUUCAGAAUGUAUGAUAACAGUUACUCUUAUUUUUAGUGUUGCAAGUGAAUGGGUUGGUUAUAAAAUUGGUAUGAUUCCGGGGCAGAUGUAUUCUGCCUUGUUAAAUGAAAAUGAUGGAGUAUUUUGGCAUAUUAUGCUUAUUGGUUCAUUAAUGUAUGCAGGAAAAUGUCUUUUAAUUGCCUUAGUUAACUUUUCAUCAUGGUGUUUAUAUUUAGCAUUUAGAAAAAAUAUUACAAAUGCCCUUCAUAAUACAUAUUUUAAUGGAAUGACAAUGUAUAAUUUAUUAUUUAUUUCACAAAAUAAUAUUGAUAAUCCUGAUCAAAGAAUAACACAAGAUGUUGAUAAGAUGUGUAAAGAUUUAGCAUUAACUAUUAUUCCAGCAGUUUUGAUAUGUCCUUUUGUUAUUGUAUAUUAUACAUAUAAAACUUACACAACAGCUGGAAUAUAUGGUUGUGGAAUGAUAUUUGCAUAUUUUAUUAUUGGUACAAUUGUUAAUAGAGUUUUAAUAUCACCAUUAGCUAAAUGGGCAAAUAGAGUAGAGAAAUGUGAAGGAAAUUUUAGAUAUAAAGAAGUUUCAAUAAGAGAUAACUGUGAACAGAUUGCUCUUUAUAGAGGACAAAAUUUUGAAAAAGAAGAAAGUAAUAACUUUUUAGAUAAAUUAUUAAAAACUCAAUUCUUAUUAUGUAUCUGGAGGUUUCCUAAUUAUUUUUGGCAAAAUUUUUUUGAUUAUUAUGGUGGUUUACUUUCAUAUGGUAUUCAAUAUAUACCAAUAUUUUUAUUACAUACAUAUAAAAAUGUUGAUCCAAAAGUAUUACCAGAAAUUAUAUCAAAUAAUGCUUUUGUUUAUAUUUAUUUAAUUAAUUCAUUUACCCGAUUAACUGAUGUAGCAUUAACAUCAGGAGAGAUGGCUGGUUUCCUUCAACGUAUUUAUGAAUUAUUAAAAGAAUGUAAAGAUAUGAAUGGGACAAGAUAUAAUAACACACAAAAAAUAAAUAAAAAUGAUUCAAGAUCAUAUAUUUUUGAAAACGUUAAUAUAAAUACACCAAAAGGUAAAGUUAUUGUUAAAGAUAUGUCAAUGUCAAUUGACAAUAAUACUAAUUUAUUGAUAAGAGGAUCAUCAGGAACUGGUAAAACAUCUUUAGUUAGAAUACUCUCAGGAUUAUGGAAACAUUCUUCAGGAAAAAUUUCAGCAAAAUAUACAAUUGAUGAUAUUGAAAUUAUACCACAAAAAUCAUAUCUUCCAGUUGGAAGAUUUUCACUUUAUCAUCUUAUAAUGUUUCCUUCAAUAAAUAUUGAUGAUGGUUUUCAAACAGAUAUCAAAAGUCAAGAUAUUUUUGAACUUUUAAAUAAAUUAAAAAUGAAACAUUUAUUAGAUAAAGUUGGCAACAUUUUUGAUCAAUUAUCAAUUGAAUUUAUUAACACUCUUACACCAGGAGAAAUUCAAAGAUUAGUUUUUAUAAGAGCUAUAAUUAAAAAUCCAAAAGUUAUAAUAUUAGAUGAAUCAACUAAUUCUGUUGAUUCUGAAACAGAAAAUGUAAUGUAUAGUAUUAUGAAAGAAAAUAAUAUUCAAUAUAUUUCUAUUGGUCAUAGAGAUUCAUUAAAACAAUAUCAUGACAAAUGUUUAACUUUAGAAACAGAUGGAAAAUAUUCAAUUUUAGAUUUAUAA